AUGGGUACUGUAAUAGAUGAUAGUAACUCUCCUUCACCUUCCAACGGUUUUGCUUCGUUUUCCUUGGAUCCCUCACAUCCCUUCUAUAUUCAUCCCUCAGAUAAUCAUGGAAGUCAACUGGUAUCCGUACCAUUCAGUGGUUGUGGGUUUGUGUUGUGGUGUAACAGUAUGCUCACUUCGCUUUUUGCAAAGAACAAACUCAGCCUAUUAGAUGGUAGAGUCAAUCAACCCACUCCUGAAUCUCCUUAUUGCCCAUAUUGGGAAAGGUGCAAUGGUAUGGUCAAAGCCUGGAUAACUAACUCAGUAUCUAGAGAAAUAGCUGUUAUAAAACUGCUAAGGAAGUCUGAAAGAAUGAAAGGUUUGGCCAGUCAAACAGGUCUUACCUGUUCAUGUGGUGCAUUGCCUAAAUUCAUAGAGGAUCAACAGUUGUUUCAAUUUCUCAAUGGUCUAAAUGAGUCCUACACAACUGUUAAAAGUGCCAUUAUGCUAAUGAAUCCUCUUUCAUCAAUCAGCAAAGCCUAUAGUCUUCUACAACAAGAUGAGAGUCAAAGAGAAGCUCACUCUGCUACUCCUAACUUCUCUGGUGAUGCCACCUCUUUCUUGGUGUCUCCUGGUACUUCUACCACAAAUAGGACUUUCAGUCAAAAGGUGAAUUUUGAGGCCAAGAAAGCUGCUCCAAAUGUCUCUUGCAAGUACUGCAAGAAGCCUAGCCACAUUGUAGACAAGUGCUACAGACUUCAUGGGUUUCCUACUGAUUUCAAAUUCACCAAGAGUAAGAAAUAUGCUUCUUGUGUCCAGACUGAAAGUCCAUCCACCACUGCUGUCACUUCCACUUCUCAGCAUGCCGAUUCUUCAGCCCAUGGGUUUACCAAGGAGCAGUAUCAACACCUGUUGACCAUGUUUCAACAAGUUCAGAUGUCUAACACUUCCACCCCUGAUGCCUCCACUGUGGAUCUAUCUGCUUUUGCAUACUUCGCAGGUUUGUUUAGCAAGUAUGCUGUAGAUUCUGAGGUUCCUCAUGUGUGUGCACCCUCUCAAUUAGGUGUCAAUCCUUGGAUCUUAGAUACAGGGGCUACAAAUAACAUGACUCCACAUAAACAUCUUCUUUUUAAUAUUCAACCAUUAAUCAAGCCUUUUCUUGUCACCCUACCUAAUGGAUAUAAAGCUAAAGUUGUAUCAACUGGAUCUCUGUAUCUUAGACAUGAUAUAAUUUUACUUCAUGUUCUUCUUGUCCCAUCUUUUCACUUCAAUUUGAUAUCAGUUCAUCGGCUUAUAUGUAAAGCUGCAGACAGGCUGUACUAUCUCCAUCCAGAUGUUGAUCUCUUUCCUGUUUUAUCUAGUUCUUUGAAUGUUUCUUCUUCUAGUAGUUUACCUAAUUCUGUUUCUACUUCUAGUGGUUUACCUUCUUCUGUUUCAAUUGUAUUUGAUAAAUCCAGUCAUGUUGUUACACAUGUUAAUGUACAUAUUGACAUUUGGGGUCCAUAUAACACUAGAACUUAUAGUGGAUUCAGAUAUUUUCUAACUUUGGUUGAUGAUUAUUCUAAAGCCACAUGGACUCACCUUCUUUCUUGCAAGAGCAAUGCUCUUUCUGUUCUUAAAGCUUUUACUGUCAUGGUUAAAGUUCAUCUUAAAUCAUUUGACCAAACUUUUAGGUCUGACAAUGCCUUUGAACUUGGUGGUAGUUCUGAAGCCACCACGGAUGUGGUUUUUCAUGAACAUAUAUUUCCUUAUAAGUCUGAUCAUCCUUCUGUCUUUCCUUCUUCCUCCAUUUCAGAUUUUGUAGAUUCUGCACCCUCCUCCUCUUCACCUUCUCCUACUCCUGAUGUUUCCACAUCUCCAGACUCUCCUGUUCCCUCACCUCCUCCUCUAUCUGAUUCUCCUCCUAUUAUCCCUUCUCCUCCACCUUUGAGAAAAUCAACCAUCCAACAACCUUCCUAUCUUAAAGAUUAUUUCUACAAGCAGGCUGCCUCAAAUCCUGCUUGGCAAGAGGCCAUGCUAAAGGAAUUCCAAGCUCUUGAGGCAAACCAAACUUGGGAUAUUGUCCCUUUACCUUCUCACAAGAAAGCUAUUCCUUGCAAGUGGGUUUACAAAAUCAAACCAAAGGCUGAUGGUUCUAUUGAGAGAUAUAAAUCCAGGUUAGUCAUUAGAGGUGACACCCAAAAGGAGGGCAUUGAUUUUACUGAAACUUUUUCUCUUGUUGUCAAGUUAACCACCAUCAAAUGCUUACUCACUUUGGCUGCUAAGUGGGGCUGGGCUGUGUUUCAACUUGAUGUGAAUAAUUCCUUCCUUCAUAGGGAUCUCCAUGAAGAGGUUUAUAUGAUGGUCCCACCUGGUCUUGAUGUAUCUGCUCCUUCUUCUUCUUCUCCCCUGGUUUGCAGACUCAAGAAAUCCCUCUAUGGCCUUAGGCAAGCUUCUAGACAGUGUUUUUCAGAACUGUCUGAAGCCUUGCAAUCCAGAGGCUACAUUUCCAGCAUGAAUGAUUAUUCCUUAUUCACCAAGGUUUCCUCUGAUUGUUUAGUUGUCUUGGCUGUCUAUGUUGAUGACAUCUUGCUAGCUGGUAAUGAUGUUAUUGAGAUGAACUCUUUGAAGUCUUUCUUGGAUGCCCAAUUCAAAAUCAAAGACCCGGGCUCAGUUCACUAUUUUUUGGGAUUGGAAAUCUCUCUUAUCCCUCAAGGUUAUGUGAUGAGCCAACACAAGUACACUUCUGACCUCUUGUCUGAUUUUAAUUGUCAGCACUUCUCUCCUGUUAUGACCCCUUUAGAUCCUUCUGUGAAGCUGGUGUAA